UCUCUGUUAGUGUGUGUGUGUGUGUGUGUGUGUAAAGACCCCCACCCGUAUGUAUGAGUCUCUCACUCUGGCGGCUGCGGGGGGACUGAUCAGCCGCGCAGCCUGAGAAAGCGCACACACUCCCGUGAUCAUGCCUACCAAGACAUGAGUGUGUUGGAACAUUUCAGUGAGAUUUUAUAGGGGCUAGAAUGUCCAUAAAGACGAUGCCAGUCCCACAGGCCCUGAUGGUAACUCUAAACAGCUCAGAUGAGAACAGAAAUGUUUCAGUGACUCAGGAUGACCAUCUCUCCAGUUUGAAGGCUUUGGCUGAGAAACUACACCUUGAGACAAAGAAGCCUUCACAUAUGGAGUGGAGGUUUCAGCUGGAGAGCCAGAGAUCUAAAGCUCUGCAGACCACAGUGGCUGUUAAAGAAGGACACAUACGAUCCUGGAGUUCUCUGAAGUGGACAAAAUCAUCAUUGGACUUUCCUGUAAACAAGCUCCAAAGGCCUCCACUUGAGAGACUGAAAGGGUACGGAAGUGUUACUGAGGCACUGGAAAGGCUUAGAAAAGAGUUGAGGGAGAUGCGUGUACAGGACCAGCAGCUAGCUCUCCAGCUUGUGCGUCUCCACGGCGAUCUUAACAAGCUUAAAAUUGAGCAAGCGUGUAAGCAGCAUCGAAAGAUGUUAAACGAUGCUACGUUUGAGUUGGAGGAGCGCUAUGAGAUGCUAGACCUGCUUUGCGAUGUCCCUGUCACCUCUGGAUUCGGCAUCUCUGCACCACUCAAGCUUAUCGGCAUCACGAAGAUGAACAUCAGCUCCCGUCGCUUCUCCCUAUGCUAAUCACUCUGCUUAGACUGAAUAUAUGGACUAUACAGAUUUAAUUACAAGAUAAAAAUGUGCACUUAAAAUGCACAUUUUUGUCUUAAGUGAUUCUGUUCAUGGUUUAAUUCAGCGUUAACAUGGCAAAUACCAGCAGUACAGUGAUACAAUGGGUAGCAUUGCUGGAUCACAGCUCCAGGAACCUUAGCUCGAUCUUGACCUCCUUUACUGUACUGUGUCUGAGUUUUGGAAAUUCAUGCUAUACUGGCAUAGGUUUCCUUCGGGUUCUCCGGUUCCCCCCACUGUCUAAAAAAUGCAGUGGCAGAGUAGUUAUGCCAAAUUGCCUCUUGGGUGUGAAUAAGUGUGAAUAUGUGUGUUCAUGGUUCCCUGCAAUGGACAAGCAUCACAGAUGGGGUAAAUUCCAUCUGUCUUGUAUCCAGCGUUACCAAGAUAGGGAGGGAGAGAGAGAGCAAGCAUAUUUUAGCGUAUUUGAAUAAAUUACCCCCAAAUAAACACAUACCUGUGUAGAUGGUAGAUAAAAAAACAUGUUACAACAGAAUCCUUUUGCAAAUCUAUGACAUUAUGUAGUAACUCCUCCCCAUUUAAAAAAAAUUCACCCCGGCUCACACAUCUAUCCAGUAGAAAAUCAUCAAAUUCCACUCUGUAACAACAUGUUUGUUUGUCUUCCUUUCAUUGUGCCAGUUUAUUAGGACAGCUGGACCUCAGUGUGUCAUAGUUUACUAAACUGCAACCCUGAUGACAGCUAGACAAACGCUUCUAAAGGCACUGCGCCGCCAAUCAUUCAGAGCAGAUCCAUGCUAGAUCAGUAUGCACACAUGCACGCAGCUUUUCUAAUCACGCUACAUCACCUUUCAUUUAGAGUGCACAAAGAGCUAGCAGACUGUACAUCGGGACAGGAAAUGAUAGUGUUCUUUACGAGUUUUGUUCAUAAUUGUAACCUUUUGACUUUAAAGCCUUUAAAUCAGCAUUUCUUUUAAGAGAGAUUUCCAGGAAUCCACUGUCGUUCUCUCUCUCUCUAAUCAUUUACAUUACAUGUACUAUAUGACCAAAGGUUUGUGGACACCUGAUCAUCACACACCUAUGUGCUUUUUGAAUGUCCCAUUCUAAAUUAAGUUCCACUUUGCUGUUAUAAUAGUCUCCGCUCAUCUAGAGUGGAAUUUUGAGAAUAGAGUUGAAUAGAUCUUUAUUGUCAUUAUUUUAAAAACAGCGAAAGACUAUCUAGCAGCUCACAAGAAAUGGCAAUGUAAAUAGAAUGUAAAUAGAAAGAGCAUAAAUAUGAACAAAAGAAACACAAGAGUUUAACAAGUAAUGCAUUGCAAAUAAGCAGCAUAGUGUACAUGUGUUAUGUGUUCAGGGGGUUAUUGCACUUCUACAUUAAGAGGUAGGGGUUUAUUGCACUUUAGUGUUUGGGAGUGGGUGGAGGGGAAGAAUGGGAGGAGGAAGGUUUAUGCAUUUCAGUGCCUGAAUUUGUACUUAUUAUUGGAGCAUGGCUGUGGGUAUUUGUGUUAAUUCAGCCACAAGAGCAUUAGUGAGGUCAGGCACUGAUGUCAGGUGAGGGCACAGUCGGUGUUCCAGUUCAUCCCAAAGGUGUUCAGGGGCUUGAGGUCAGGGCUCUGUCCAGGCUAAAUUUGUCAUUUUAAUGUCUGAUGAAAACGCUAAAUUAUAAGCGAUAUAUGGUAUAUUUUAUGCACUGAUUGUUUAAUGUGACAGAUUAUCUAAUGACUGAUUAGUGCAUCUAAAUUGACAUAUUACAAUUCUGGUUUUCGACACGAUUCUUCAGCUCUCUGUGAACACAAAAUUCUCAGUCUUGUAAGAGCCCACCGCCAGAGGAAGAGACUUUCAUGAAGUGCUUUAAUUAAAUUCCCUAAUCUAUAGUAUAAUUCAGUAGUUAUCCAUCAUGCCCACUUUAAGAUGCAUCAUAUUUUGUGGGUUAAAUUCAGACACAAAGCUUGACUGAUCAACUGUAUUUGAAUGAAAUGACUAUUUAUCAAAUGUUUUGUCCUUUAGAGACUUCUUGAGGUGAAAGGUUAAGAAAAGGUGUGUUCAUGCAAAUCUUCACUGCUGAGCUACAACCUUUUGUUGUUUUAUCGUGGAGAUAAAGAUAAGAAAUAGGCCUGUAGUUUGUUAGCUGGCAUGGAUCAAGGUAAGUUUUAUAGAUGCCUGUUUGAGGUUUAAAUGAAUAGCCAAGGCCUUUUUUUUUCCUACGGAUGUUUGAAUGCUUCUAGUUCCACCAAUCGAUGCUAGUACUUGUUUAGAAAAAUGUGUAUCACUAGUUUCAUAGCCAGCCGCAUGCUGUCACUUCACAGACGCUCAGCCAAGAGUUAAGUUCCUCGAAGAGUUGCAUUAAAAAUAAUUUUAAACAACAAUCAUAAGAGGUAUUCCUAAGACCUUCAGUAGACCUGGUCUACUGAACUAAUGCCUCCUUUUCAUUAUUCAAUAGAAAUAAAUGUUAAAAAAUACAUACAUGGCAAAUGAAUGAUGAGGUAUUGUCCAUUUUAUGUCCAUCACUGAUUUUGAACAGGGGUUGCCUGGGACAUGCCUGGGUAUUUUUUUUAAUCAUGUUUAGCUUAUCGUUCUUACUCUCUAUGUGUCUCUGCCAGUCAGUUGGUUGCUCAGUUCUUAUUCUUUUUAUUGUUAUGAAUGCUGGGUGUUGCUCAUUUUAUGGCCUGGCUCUUGUUAUGAUCCACUGUGAACAUGUGAAACUUGGCUCUACAUUAAAGUUUCUCUCCUAAGGAAGCACUCGGUUGUAAAUAUAGAUAAAUGCCACCAUCUAACGGCCACAGAGGACAACUGCUGAUUUAAUGAGAUCAGUGUUUCCCAAUCUACUAAAUCUACUCUAGAGGUAACAAGAAAAGAUAAUAAAGACUGUAAAUCAAAACAAGUGUCUCCAACAUCUUUAGGAAAAUGAAAUGUUUAUUUAUUUUUUUUGCCACAUUUCCAUGUAUUAAAAGGACAAAGAUACAAAAUUAUUUGUUCGUGUGCACAUUUGUAUCUUGUUAAUCAGAGGAAUCUGUACAGGUCAUUUUUUAAAACAUUUUUCGAUUAUUAAAACCUCAGAUAAAUGUAUAAAACUGUAAACUCAAAGGACAUUUCAAACUCAAAAACGAUUCAGCUGUAAUAUCCAGUGUUAAAGUCACAUAUGAGAAUCUGUCAUACUUUUUUUUUUAAUACAUUUUAAAAUGUUCCGGAAAAAUUAAAGAUGUAAAUCCCAUUAAACUGAUCUUGUUGUUUACUUACAUUCAUUAUUUUUUCCAGAAGAGGACACUAAA